UCUUGAGCCAACUUCAACCACCACUCCACAGUUGGACUUGCUGGGCAUCGGACCACUUCGCAGUGAGACAUCAGCAGCAGCCCUCAAAUUCAGUUUGGUAUCUCGUCUCGUCUUCGUUCCUCUCUCACAACAAACACUUAUCGUAAAUUGAUCACUCACUUAUCAUUGUUAAGCACUUACUUAUCUUCACCUCCAGCCAGAAAGAUCUCGAAAAUUUUACCUAAUAACUCUGCAAAAUACGAAGAAACUGGAGUCGAAUUCCGGAUGACAAGCCUCGCCUCGACAUGCGACGAAGAAAACAAUGUUGCUAAUUAAAUAGUGCGGAUUGUUGUCGUGCCCGUGGAAAAGAAAAGCGAGUGACCUGACGACUCGAAUUGCAAUCAUAACAAGUGAGAGUUGGAAUAUUGAGAUUUUUUUCCUAUUUUGUUUUCUGUGCUAAAAAAGGACGAAGAGGGUUUUGAUUUCGGGUGCAACCCGACCUCGAACUACUCGAAAACCGGUGAUGAUCAUGAUGAGCAUGACGGUUUCUGCACUAACUCUUCCGAAAAGAACACCAGUAUCACCACGCCCCGGUUGUCGCCAAAAUGAAGAGCUCCCAGUUGUUGCAGUUGUUAUCGUCUGAAAGUAGAACCUGAAAAAUUUAGCCCGAAAAACUCUCCAAAAUAGUAUUACCACUUUCCCUUUGCCAGUAGUGACUUCUUCAGUAUAAUUAAUUUAGUUAAAAUUGAAUUGAGUGCCAGUGAAAAUACAGCGUAUGCCAUGAUGGUUUUGCGACACCUCGGUCCUCCUUCGACCACUGUCACGACCACAACCAGCCAUGAAGAGCUCACCCACGACGAUGACCGUGGGGGUGCUCCUAUGGACCUCAGCAAUAAGCAUCACUCCGUCCUCCCCGAAAUCCCACGACACCAUCACCCGUUAAACCAUCGGAAUCAGUUCCUCUCCUCCAUUCUGCCGCGGCCAUUCUCAUCCCCUCGCACCCCACCGUCUCACCUCCACAACAACUCCUACAACAACAUCCUCAACAACAACAACAAUAACAACAACGAACCCAAGUCCAACUCGCCCCAGUCUUCCAACUCAGAGGAGAACUCACCCCGAGGAAAGGGAGACGUGUGGCGAUUGCGGAGAAAAGAUCUAAGCAAAAGUAGUCGAUGGCGAGAUGGUGGCGGCGGUGGCAGUGGCGGUGGUCGGAUGGCGAAUAAUAAUGAGGACGACAUAUCCAACUCACACUCCUCCCCUGAUUCCGGUCUUCACAGAGAUUCCCCCGGUGAGGAUGAGGAUUUAAUGAUGAUGUCUUCUCACUCGACCGCGACGACGCCACCGCUCCGGAAACAGGGUCAGCAUUUGAUCCCCCUCUCCAUCAUUCGGGCCCGCUAUCCUCAACCCAUGGAGGGUGGAGGGAAUCUGUCUCAAGAAGAUGAAGACAACAACUCCUCCACCACCAAAAAGAAGGACAAGGUGCUCACAAAACGGGCCCGUCUCGAGGAAAUGGUAACCCACAUAAAGUCAUCCAAGGACAGGUCGAGACGAAAUUCUGGUGAUGAUGACACCUCUUCCGGUGGUCAUGCAACAUCCAGCGAUGAGAUUAUCGAUGACGGGUCGAGAGAAGCAGUCCUCCAGAGCUACCACCAACCAUUCCUUAACAACAAGGGGAAUAUUGGUUGUCUCAACUUGAAACGGACCAACCUGCAUCACGACGCCGACAUGAUGAUCAUGGAUGACGAGCCGUGCAAUUUGGUGUGUUCAGAAGGUCGGGGCAGACCGGAAGAUGAGGACGAAGAGGAAGAAGACCACCUCCAGUACAACGGAUGGGUCAAAAAUGCCAAUAAUAACAAGAUUAAUUCGUCAUCAUCCCCACAAAAUAAUAAUAACAAGCCAUCUCCCGACUCCCUCUCGACGACGGAAGCCGCCAAACUACUCGGCCUCGAUCCAGAAACGUACCAGCAGCAAAUGGUGCAACUUCAACUCACAUCCGCCGCCAUGUUGGGCGGAGAUCCGACCGGGAUGCUCAAAGGGAUGGGCAAUUAUCCUCCCUGGGUUUAUUUGGGCUACUACUCACAAAUACUGCAGAGUUUCCAGGCCCAGGAAAUUUUGAGACAAUAUGCCAUGCAAUCCAAUAAUCCUCUUACUCCGAAUGUUAGUCAAGGAGAAAAGAGUCCUAGUGUGCCUCGAAACAACCUCGGCUCCUCGUCCCGCUACAAUUGUGCGUCCCCCCUCUCGCCAGCCGCCUCCUUGUCCGAGGGUCCCGCCGGGGUUGACUCGGACGGCUCCACCGUGGGACAAAGUACUCCAGGAAGUGCCAACAAUGGGAAGCGAGCCCCCCGCGCGAUGACCGGGCGACACGUUCGCACCGGAACGGGUGCCUCUCCCUCCACGUUACAAACGCUACGACAAAAAAUAGAGGAACGGCAACGCAUCAAAGCUCAACAGGCCAGAAACGAACUGCUCAACCAGCCAAACUCGAAGAUAAAAAAUAACAAAUUUAUGAAAAAAUCGUCCCCCGGUAGCAAAAAGUAGUAAAAUAAGUAAGCAAAAUAAGCCAUUUAUGAAUAAUAUUAUCCUCAAAAACACAUUAUUAUUAUUAUUAUCACGACACGAGAGCCAGUUAUACUUUUCCUUUCAUUUAUUGUAACCCAUCAAUUCCUACCAACAACCAAGCAACCAAACUUAUACGAUUAAGCGAUCAUGGAGAAGGUUAUCCUCACCGGUGUAGAGAGAGAAAGAAAGAGUAGGGAAAAAAACGUGAAGAAAGUCAUCGUAAAUAAAAUCUCCUGCCCACCGGUGCAUGACGACCAUACUCCAUCGCUGCAACAUGAAGCAUUUAUUAGCAGAGUCCUAUUUUAUCCUUUUAGUCUGCGGGUUGACAGACUUUUGGAAUUAGUUGACCAGUUUUUCGCAUUUUAUUAUAAAAUGUAUUUAAUCCCCAGUAAAACGUUUUGCGCUAUUAUUUCCUCAUCUACACACCUCCUAAACUACAAAAAAGGGUGUCGGCAGGUAUUUGGCGAAUAGUAUUGCGUAUAAAAUUAUUAUUUUAUUUAUUAUUUAUUAUUAUUCACAUGCCAUUCUAUUAAUUAUUCUCGCUGAAAGAAUACUAUGCAUCUUGAUGAGGAAGGAAGAAUAGAGAGAAUAGGAAACCAAACAAAGUCUCUACAUUUACCUCACUUACUAAACACAUUGUUGCUAAAGAAAGAAGGGUCGGAACUAACUUAUUAUCACUGUUCCUCGUCCGUGCAUACAUACGCAUGUACCAUAUGAGACUUUAGGGCAGCUAACUAGGAAAACGAAGAAGGGGAAGCCAAGAAUUUGAGACGACGUCUCAAAUUAACCAAGUUUUUCUCACAGUGUCAAAACACACAUUCUUCCAGGAGAUGUAGAACCAAGUACUUUUAACAACCCUUAAAGAUUGAUUGAGCCAGUUCUUUUUUUUAUUAUUCACCAAACGAUGGAGUUAUUUAAGGAAUUGUUAGUUAGCUAAAAAUAAGUAUUAAAUAAUUACUUUAGUCAGCCCAGUUUUUUUUACGAGGAGGAAAGAAAGCAGUAGCGAAUCUUCACUAGCAACGCUCAUGGCAGGAAAUUAUUAUGGUGAACCGUUCAAGUGACAAGUCAGUAUUGAAGAAGCAUUUAUAUUGAGUAUACAAUACGCCCUUCGAAACACAAAGGACAGCAAACAUGUCUUCCUAUUGAUAUAUUGCUGUCCAUUAUUAUAUUUCGUUAUUUUGUAUCCAUCGUCGUCAUUCCUAUCGAACAAGAACGUAACGUAACUUAGGUGGUAAAGUACGAGUACAUAUUUAUACAUUUUUUAUUAUGUCUAUUCAUCCAUCAACCCUCGGCAGCAGUAGAAGAAGAAAAAAAGCAAUACGUCGUGUACUAGUUGUAGUGUAACUAAAUAGUGUAGUAAUAGCAGUUAGCAAGUAGUACAUAAGUACUAGUGGUAGCAGGUCUUUUUAUAAAAUAGGAUAAAUAUUAAUGAGAUGAUGAUGAUGCUGAUUGGUGGUAUGUACUACUACAAAUACAAAUUUGUGUAUGUGGGUAGAUACAGCGACGAGUUUUGUUAAUUGUAUUAUUAAUCUGCAAUAAAAAUUACGGUGUGGCGUGGAGUCUUGGAAAAUCCAUGAACUUGUUAUCAAUUUAUUUUACACAAGACAGUCAAUGCUCAGUGUCAACCUGUUCUGAGGAGGAGAGAAAUCUUAUUAUUCAGCCAUAUUCUUGUUCAAUUGUUGUAAUAGCAAUAGUUCACACCGCUAGUUUUGUACAAUUACUGUGUAACAUGUGCGAAAUGACCCCGUUAUGCAUACAAAAUUAUUAUUAGAAAUAUUCCCAUUUUCGGUUUUUACUGUUUUUUAGUAGCAUGUGUAAAACCUCAAUAUUCACGUGCACGUACAUAUAUGCAAUGUAACGUUUUUUGGAGGAAUGUGGUGAUGACCGACUAAAAAUUUUACUCAGAAAUAAUAAACUACGUCAAUGCAGGUGA